ACAAGGCCUACAAAAUGGGAUCUGUUUUCUCAGUUCGUUACGAAAUUGUUAUGGCGUGAGCGUAAAGAAGUUUUUUCGGUUAUUGAUACAGAGGUGUAGCCAAUCGUGGUCACCCAACUCCGGUCCAAAGUCUGAGUAUGUUUCGUCUGACCUACGAAUUAUCGAGUCGUCAUGACAAUUUGCUGUACAGAUAUCUCUGUUCAAGGAAGUUUUCUGUGAUGUUUGUGAUUUUGUCAUAAACUAUCAGAUGAGCAAACGCACAACUUGCACAACUAGUGUAGUAUAUUUUUAAAUUAUCUUCAUAGUACACGUACAGUUGUACAGGCAUUGCAAGGCAACGGCUCGGUAAACACAUUCCCGCAACAAGAGGGCUCAACAAUAGAAGGACAUCAAAUACUAGGCAACGGACUGCUCCACAAUGCCAGUAAACUCAAGAGAGAUUCUUAAUGUUGUGACAGAACUAACUGAAGACAGGCGUGUUCGUGUCACAAUGACAGAAUCAUUCAAGGGUGGCUGCAUUGCUGCCACCACAACAAUAAUUGGAGGAAUGGUACUGGGUCCAGCUGGAUUGGCAAUUGGGGGAGCAGUUGGAGGGUGUGCAGCUGCUAUAAUGAGCAAGGAUAAGUUCAAGCCAAUACCACAGGUCAUCAUGAAUGACAUGACAGAUGCCCAGCGUGAAAGGCUUGUUGCCUCUGUCUCUGCAGUGAUUGCAGAUUUGCGUGUGGAGGAUAUUGCAUUGCUGCUUCCACUGCUUCUCGAGAAUCGAGCAGCUAAGGAGGCUAUUUUGAGAUCAGUCUUUGCAUUUCUACAGACUGAAAUGCAACUACAAAUUAUGGACUGAGAGAAUGGAUAUAUUUUGUCUAAAAUAUCUUUGAGGGUGCAUCAUUGUCUUUAGGAAGUUACAAGAUCCCAUUUUCAGCAUAUGUUGGGUACCAGAAUCACCAUAUGGGAGAUCUUGCUUAACACAAGACUUCUGUUGCAUAUUGAAGGUAUGGCACAUCCUCACAGAUGUUUUAGACAAACAUACAAAUAAUUUGUGAUAUCUUAAUAAUAAUAAUGUCCAAGAUGUGCUUGGUAAGAAAGAGAAAGUUCUAUUAAUCUUGCGCAAUCAGUCACCAAAGUUGAGCUGAGAACCAACAAACAUAUCAUAGAUUUACUUGGUCUCCAUCAGGGUCAGUGAUAGCAUCUACAUAUAUCUGCUUGUGAUUGCAAUGCCUCAUCCUUAUUAGAACACCAGGCGACAAGGGGGCAGUAUCAGCCUGAGUGGUCAGAACUCUCACUUUUAGAUGUGGUACCUUGCUGCUUAACUUGGAGAACAAUCCCCUUUCUCUUGACUCAUCUCCAUGUCUUGAUUGUUCAAGAAUGUUUUCAUUCAUUCACCAUUAAAGCUUCAGAUCUUAUAUAAACAAAAAAGAACAUUGGCAUUUCCAUUCUAACCGACUGAGCAAUAUUACUUCUCCACCAAAAUACUGAUAGAGGCUUGCAGAAGCUGCUUAUAAAACUGAUCUACGUUAUACAUCAGAAUAGUAUAAAGACAGUUCAAAGUGGUUUGCUGUUUCUGCAUACUGGAAUUUUGAAAUAGAAUUUUUCUAUAAUAUACUCAACUUUCAAUAUAACCAUUUUCCGUUAUCUCUGAAGCCAUUCUAUGUGUCAUUUAAUCACACACUAAUGAUAUCAAUCCAGGUACUUAAUUUAGAUAUCAUGGUGCUCAGUGGGUGUGGCAACAUCCAUUUUAAUUUAUGUUUUGCUGCAAAGGAUAAAUAUUGACGAGCUCUUUUUUAUUAAUCCUAAUACAUUUUGAGGGUUUAUCUUAAUACAGAAUCGUAAUUCACCACCGUACACUAAUAUUUCAUUACUGCUGUACUUCUAUAGUUUUUGAAUGCAAAUUGUCCUCAGUUCAUGCCAGCUUAGAUAUGACUAAUUAUGGAAACAAAAGACAGUCCAGCAGACUUGCAACUGAAAUAUGUAAGGAUGUGAUAACAUGUAAGAUGUUUUUCUUAGUUUAUUUAAUGAUACCCUCUCAGUUACAUAGGUUAUAUUGGGUCAUAUGGAUGGAUGGUUGUGGAUGGCGAACUGGAAUUGUGUGGGACAUAUUUCAAUCCAUCAUCUCAGUAUUUGACUGGAUUAAACAAAACCAUGAAAGACCUAAUGAUACAGCCUGCCCUCAGGCCAAGAAUUGAACCCAGGAACUUAUAAAUAUGAAGCAGGAGUGGUAGACAUUUGUGUUAAUGCUUUGUAUGAAUCACACUGACAUAGUGUUAUAUGGGAUUUAAUGUUCCCACACUGUUGAAUAUUAGAAUUGUUAAUACUUAUGGUAAAUAAAGUAAGCAAGAAAUAUUAAUUGUAAGGUAUGUUACAAAAUGUCAAAUUUGUUAAAUAUAAUUCCAUCAGCUUUUAAAUUGUAA